GCACCAAGCUUCACGACCGCAUGCGCAAAGGCUUAAGGGCGCUGAUGACCGCGCACGAGACUCACAGGAGCGAAGUGGAGCAGAGUCAGAGAAUCCUGCGGGAAAACUUGGAGCAAAAGCUGGAGAACCAAUGGCAGGAGGUGUUGAGCCAGUUCGAGGACCGAUGCUUGUACAAGGAGGAUGGCGACUUGCGGAAUCGCAUUGAGGGCUUAGAAGCCUCAAUAGAUCCCACCCUGGAGCGCCACACGCAAGGCCUCCAGCUGAAAUGCGAGGAGCUGGAGCAGCGGUGCAAGGCCCAUGACAGCACCGUCUUUGAGCAGAUGUUGAAGACAGAGACUUCCAAGAUCUCGAGCUCGGUCAGCGACCAGAUUGCCGUGGCACACCUGGACUGCAAAGAAACUCAAAAGACCAUCUUGGAUCACUUGAGCAAGGAGACGGCCGAACGCCAAGAGCAAGCCCGUGGAAUCAACGGCGACCUGGCGAGUCUGGGAAACAGCCUGGGAGACCGGCUGGGUCGGCUUGAAGGUGCCUGGCAUGGCGUACGUCAGGACUGGCGCGAAUCUCAAAGCAGCUUCCGCUCGAUGCAGGGGCAGCUGCGGUUGCUGGAAGAUGGGUUGGAAAGUGGCCUCCAGGGGCUUCGAUCCGAGAUGCACAGCUCUUUGCGGGAGGAGCGGCUGAAACGAGAAGUGAACGGGACGAGCAUGGCAGAGCAGAUGCAAGCUUGGGAGGAAUUUCACAAACACCUGCGUCAGUUCUAUAUGGCCCACACUGCUUUGCCUCCAGGUGACCGAUUGAGAGACUCCGAAAUGGACAUGGCGCGUUUGGCUGAGAUGCUGAGAUGCUCCCAUGAUGAGGGCGGAAGGAUGGGAGAUAUCGGAGAUAUUCCCGAAAUCCUCAGAGAUUCGGCAGGGGAGGUCUAA